GGUAUUGAAAAAUAAAGGGAGAUUUGAUUAUAAUUUAUAAAUACUGUAGAUUUGAAGUUCAUACAACUGUUAUUUCUCCUGUACUUGUAAAUAAAAGAGGCCUACUUCACGCUUUAUGCAGGGACUCAGAAUUAUUAUCACCAAUAUAAUCCAACUAUCAUUGCAGAAAUUAUUUUAAAACAAAUUAUUAAAAAAAAGUGUUUUUUUAUGUAUGUACUGGUAUAUACUUUGCAGGUUCUCUGAUUCUGAUAUCAUAUUAUCGGACUCAUUAUGUUCACCCUCCUGAGGAGAGUCUCCUAAUGUUUUUAUAUCCGUGAUUAAGUACAUAGGCUUAGAUCACUACUCUAUAAAUACGGAGUUAAACCCGAAACCACACUUUGCAUCCCUCUAAAUCCAGUGAUAAGACAAAAGAGCUUGUCUUUUUUACUUUCUACUGUAGUAUCUAAUGUGGGGGACAAAAAUACUUGUGUUUCCUCUACACCCACAACUAAUGAACUAGUCCUUGAUUUCUUUUUAAGGGAACACAAUUUUUUUUGCUCCCCCCCUACCCACAAAGUCAUUUCCCUAUCUCCCUUCCCACCUCAUAUUAUCUCUCAUAGUUAGUUUACCUUAUGAUCAAUGGUUUUUCAUUAUCCUGAUGUCCAUGUCAGAAACAUGGGUGGCUUAGGAAGCCCUAAUUUAGUGCUCUUCUGCUCAAGAACUUGAUUAUUUGUUUUCUGAUGUAAAUGGAGUUAUCAGUAUGGUGAUUUAGACUGUAUACCGACAUCGGUCUGCAGUGGGGUCGUAAACAUAGCAAGUUGUGUGGAUAAAAAGGUUUAUUGAGUGGAUAUCAUUGUAGUUUGUAGGAAGAGGAAAGGGGUAAUGGAGUGGGACUCUAAAUCAUGUGCUUGGAAUGGUGUGAGUAAGGUGGAGUUUCAAGAUAAUGGUUACCAUCACCAUCUGGCUACGUUAGCAGGUUCGAGUGGCACCGGAAUUAGUAACAUGUUUUCAGUGGAUCUGAAGCUGGGAAGAUUGGGAGAUAUGAGAGAUCUAUCUAUGGAUACCUUAAAGAAUUCAAUGCCUUUGAAUAUGGCUUCUUCGUCGUCUCCUUCACCGGUUUUGGCGCUUUCAAAGAGGGGAAGGCCACGCAACAGCGGCGCCCAAAGUACUGUUAUUUGCUCGGUUGAUGGGUGUGCUUCUGACCUUAAUCAAUGCAGGGAAUAUCAUCGCCGCCAUAAGGUAUGUGAGAGGCACUCCAAGACGCCUGUUGUUCUUGUUGGUGGGAAGGAGCAACGGUUUUGCCAGCAGUGUAGCAGGUUCCAUUCCCUGGAAGAGUUUGAUGAGGUAAAGAGAAGCUGCAGAAAACGCUUGGAUGGACAUAAUCGUCGUAGGAGGAAAAGACAGCCUGAAACUUUUUACAUGCCUGAUUCUGCUGGUGGCGUUUUGUCAUCUCAUACAGCAGAUGGAAUGCUGCAGUAUUCCUGCCCCCAAAUGCAUACUGUAAAUUGGCCUACAAUGUCUCAGCAGCCUGAUUUGUACUUCCAAAAUAACCAAGAAACAAUAUAUCAGCCACUUCUGAAUGACGUUGCUCCAACCGGAAGUAGGAGAGGCGGCCUAAAGGUUUCACCUGAUAACUCAGGAUGUGCUCUCUCUCUUCUGUCAAGGUAUUCAUCCCAAUCGUCAGAUAUCCGUGUGGGACCUGCUAUGCAACCAACGGUUAUGAGUUCAGCAACAGCUCAAGGUAGCAGCACUUCUCUGCAUCUAAAUAACAGCUAUCAACUUCCCUGCUCUCAGGGUUUGGACGAUAUUGAGAGUUCAGCUUCACUCUCUAGCAGUUCCAACACCAAUGCUCCAAACAUUGGAGGAUUCCACACAGGCCAUGCAGGGUAUCGCGAAAACAGUUCUAGGAUUUUCCCAUUUGGUUGGGAGUAGUUAAGUCUAUAAAUACUCACUAUUUUAUAAUCAUGAAUGUUAAUUUUCUAUGAUUAUUUGUAUCAAGAUCCUGUGCUAUAAGAGGAUAUGAACUAACUUCCAUCUUCUCGCUUUCACUUGAUUCUUUAUGAGAGCUUUUCUUAUGUCUGGUGAUCUUUCUCUACUGUGGCUUUUGUCCUUAGACAUGUUGGAAACAAAGUUUUAUGAUUAUUUGCAUUAAUGUAUCAUCAGGUUAGUUUGUCCUUAGCUAUAGUGCUGCCGGGAAAGCUAAUAAAAGUAUUUCUUUGUUGCCCUUA